AUGGCUGCAAACGCGCAGGACUCCAGCACAGUUACCUCCAACCCAUACUUUCCUCCCUCUGACGGCCGGUGUCUCGUCAACCAGCUUCUUCCGCCAGAGCUGCUCGCGCAUAUCUUCCUCCUCGGGACCGCGCAAUAUGAUCCCCUCGAGGAUGAAGACGAGUACGAUGACGACGACGAAGAUGACGAGGGACCUCUCUUUGAGGUCCUCGUAUCACAUGUCUGUCGUCUCUGGCGGGAUAUUGCCUUGAACACGCCCGCGCUCUGGACUAGAAUCGACUUUGAUGAUGAGAUCACACCAUACGAAAUGUCUCAGGUGUAUCUUGAGCGGUCAAAAAACGCGCCUCUUGAUAUAUCAAUUGAUAUCACAAAAGACAUGGCACUCGACGGCGCGGAGCAAGAAUUGCGCAUACAUUCGGAAGAACUCGAUGAGAUGCUCGGCCUUGUCUUGCCUCAUGUCCCGCAUUGGCGCGCCAUAGACAUCUCUGUCUCUGAGUAUUCUGUCAUGCACAAUGCCCUCAUUCUGAUGAGCCAAUGCCCCGCCGCUCCCAUGCUGGAAGUACUCCAACUCUAUCAUUACGAGGACCCGGAUGAAGAAUCUGAGACCUUCUCCCCAGCAGUCUUUAAGGAACAAAAAUUUGUCCUGUUCUGCGGCAAUGCGCCAAAAUUACAGCAUGUGGCGCUUUGGGGUGUGCAUCUGAACUGGGCCGAGUCGCGCUUCCUCAGCGGAUUAAUAGAUCUCGAACUUGCAUAUCACCCGAAGGACGUGCGUCCAAGCUUCAAUGACUUUUCUCGCAUACUCCGCAAGUCUCCAGGCAUCGACACGCUAACGCUCUGUCAGUCAGGGCCAGCUGGUGGACCCGUCGACUGGCUCACCAGUAUCAUGGAGCAGCCUCCGGAUGCCAAGGGGAAGGCGUCCAGCACGGUCCCCUCCGAGCCAAUCGCCAGUAUCACUCUGGACUCCCUCAAGAGCUUUGUCAUUGCAUACGUCGAGGCCGAGUAUGCGACCGCGCUCGCAGAGCGCCUUGCGAUGCCCAACGUAACGUCGCUGGCCAUCGACUUUGACGAGGACGCCGACUUCAACGGCUUCCUCACCACAAUCACACGCCCCUCGCCCGCCACGGACAAGUCGCUACUGGGUGGGCUCGAGGCGCUGAAGCUCUCGGGAAUCCCGUGCACCGACACAGCGCUGAUCGCCGAUGCGUACGCAGCGAUGACCAACCUGAAGUCGAUUAACCUGAAUUUCCACUUCCUGUCGGAGCCGUGGCACAAGCUCCUCGUGUAUGGCCCCACUACGCCCGGGAGCAGCACAAAGCCGGCGGUGCUCCUGCCACGUCUCGAGGCAAUGACGACCACGGGACUCGACGGCCGCCAGGUGCGCCAUAUCGUGGAGCGCCGGAAGGACGCCGGCUUGACGCUCAAGUACCUCUACAUGAACGAAGAAGACGAGCUAGAGGAGGAGGACGAGAAGUGGCUCAAGGGGAAUGUGGCCGAGUUCGAGUAUUUUGAGGGGUCCGACGAGGAGGAUGUCAUCGAAAUCGACAUCGAUGAGGGCGACGGAUGGGAGGAUGUAGAUGACGAUGAAGAAAGUGAUGGAGAGGAGGGCGAAGGGGGCGUGGAGGACGAAGACGACCCUAUGGAAUGA